GAAAUACAGAAAAACAAACUAAUUCAAAUUGUGAAAAUGACUUUGAUCGUGACCUGACUAGAAAUUCUAAAAAUGCAUAUAAUUUACUUUAUUCUGGUUUUGGCCCAUAUCAGCCAACUAAUUAUAAUUUUCCUAAAGGUCAUAGAGAAAAUGAAGAUUCUGAAAACAUGGGAAAUUUCUUAGAAUUGAAAAAGUUACAAGCAAAAGACAAUACAAUAGAGGAAGAAAAAUUAAAUCAACAAAAUAAAGCUAUGAAAAUGUUUAAUGAAAUUGACACCAAUAAAAACAAUAAAAUCGAAGUGGAAGAAGUAAUUGCUUACAAUACAUUUGAUCAAAAUAAUGAUGGCUUGGUCUCACAAGAUGAAGUUAAUUAUUUUAUGGAAAAUAAAAAGGAAUUUGAUAUAAAAGACUUUAUGUCAAACGGUUGGAAUCGCUUAAGCCUAUUAAUUUUUACAAAGUCUUUUGAUGAAAAACAACAUGUAGAUAAAAAAAAUGUCAAAAAGGAAUUUCUAAAUCAAGAUUUUAAUUAUAAAUCUGAGAAUGAAAUUGAAAAGUACAAUAUUGAAGAUAUUGAAGCUGUAAGAAUUAAUAUAUUAUUAUAUACUGAAAAAACCAAAAUCAUAAUUGAUGAAUCAAAAAGAGCUUAUGAACUAUUUAAAGAAGCAGACAGAACACUUAAAAAUCUUCAAAAACAAGUAUAUGAUUUACAAAAAUCAAUAAGUAAAAAUUUUGGUCCUGAUGACGAAUUCGCUGCUUUAGACGGACAGUGCUAUGAGCUAACUAACGAUGAAUACAUAUAUAAAUUAUGUUUAUUUGAAAAGAUAACUCAAAAGCCAAUAAAAGGAGGACCUGAAGUUAACUUGGGUGUCUGGAGAGAUUGGACAAACUUUAUCAAUGAUAAACCUCAAUAUCACACCAUGCUGUAUGAUAGAGGACAAUACUGUUUGAAUCAUUAUCAAAGGUUUUCUUACGUUCACUUAAGCUGUGGCUUGAAACCUACACUUGUAUCGGUGUCAGAGCUUAAUCGAUGUGAAUACAUAAUGGAAUUUGAAUUGCCCUCGGUGUGUGUGAUACAAGAUACUAAAUAUUUAAGAAAACUUGAACGAGAAGAAUUAUAACCGUCAAAAUAUAUACUUAAACUAUUAUUAUACCAAGUGAUUUUCAUUCCUCUUCAAUAUAAAAUUUGUAAACAUGUUUAUAAAAUAAUGUACAUAAUAAUUAUUUAAGAUAGUACUCUACAUAGGGUACUACAAAUACAUUAAUUAGUGUCAUAAUAUACUAUACUGUUAC